CGCCUCCAUAGUUCCACGAUGAGCGCGUCCCUUCCCCCGGGAACCGCCCCAGUGAAGGCAGAGUACCUCAUCUCCGCCAAACCCAUCGCCGUGCCCGAUGACGACGCGGCCGAAGGGGGCGCGGGCCACGCGCCCGACACCGCGGAGCGCGAUGACCGAGACAGAGGGGACAGAGGAGACAGAGGCGGCAAGAAGAAGGGCAAGGACAAGAGCAAGCGCGGCGCGAACAAGGGCCGGCGGUUCGCGAAGAUGCACGACGAGGUGGAGGUGUGCUGGAAGACGGCGAAUGGGGAGACGUGCGAGUUUGGGGAGAGAUGCAAAUUCACACACGACAUCGCCGCCUACCUCGCCGCCAAACCGCACGACCUUCGCAUCCCCCAGACCAGCGAAAUUAGCACCGAAGCGCCAUUCUACGUGCCCCCGCCCCUCGUCGUUGCCGACCCAGAGAACCCCUCUCUCGAUCCACAUACACGGUGUCCGAUAUUCGACACGAUGGGGGUGUGCAAAUCCGGCCUCAAAUGCCGCCUCCUCGGCGCGCACGUCCGCAAAAACGACGACGGCUCCCUCUACAAAAACGAAGCAGGGCUGCUCGAGCUCGUCACCGACGAGGAGAAGCGCGCACGGACGGUGAUCUCGGAGACGGAGCUGAACUACCUGCACCCGGAGGUGCGGACGAAGCUGUUCAAGAAGAGGUACGAAUACCCCAUCACGGACGCCUACCUCAAGGAUCUCGAGAGCAAGAAGGUCGUCAUCGCGGAGCCCGAGCAGGAGGAGCCGGGAUGGGCGGGGAAGGCGGAUGAGACAGACGCCUCUACAACUGCAGCAUCGGCUUCGGACGGCCCGACGACUUCAACAGAGACACCAGCCGUACCCACUCUUGAAGUACCAGCCGUACCCACCCCUAACGCUCCAGUCGCCCCCUCUGCCGACGCCCUCAUUACCCAGCGCACUGGUGCCGAUCCCUCACAACUUGACGAGCCCAUGGCCGUCGACGUGCCCUUCCGCGCGGAGGAGAAGAAGCGGUUACAUUGGGAGGGGAAGACUUACCUCGCGCCGUUGACCACGGUGGGAAAUUUGCCCUUCCGAAGGAUAUGCGUCGACUACGGGGUGGAUAUCACUUGUGGUGAAAUGGGCCUCGCGACAUCCUUCCUCUCCGGCUCGAAGGAGGAGUGGUCCCUCGUGAGGAGACAUCCGUCGGAGAAGAUGUUUGGCGUGCAGAUGGCCGGCAACAAGCCGAACACGAUGGUCCGCGCCGCCGAGCUGCUCAAGAACGAAAUCGGCCCGCAUGUCGACUUUGUGGACAUCAACUGCGGCUGCCCGAUCGACUUGGUGUACAAGACGGGGAGCGGGAGCGCGCUCCUCGACUCCCCCGGCAAGCUCGGGCGCAUCAUCGUCGGCAUGAACAAGGCGCUGGGCGACACACCGGUGAGCGUGAAGCUGCGCACGGGCGUGAAGGACGGGAAGAACAACGCGCACCGGUUGAUGCCGCGCGUGGCGGAGUGGGGCGCGGGGAUGAUGACGCUUCAUGGCCGCACGCGACAACAGCGCUACACGAAGCUCGCCGACUGGGACUACGUCAGGGAGUGCGUGCAGGCCGUACGCGCGUACGAGGCGGAGAAGAACCUACCCAAGGUGCCCAUCUUCGGCGGCGGCGACUGCUACUCCUCGCAAGACUAUUGGACCGACGUCGAGACCACCGGCGUCGACGGCGUCAUGAUUGGGCGCGGCGCGCUCAUCAAGCCGUGGAUCUUCACCGAGAUCAAGGAGCGCCGAGAGUGGGAUAUCAGCUCGAGGGAGCGGCUGGAGCAUGUGCGGAAGUUCGUCGAAUAUGGCCUGAACCACUUUGGCGCGGAUACGCCCGGCGUGAACACCACGCGGAGGUAUCUCUGCGAGGCGCUGUCCUUCCAGUAUCGGUAUAUCCCCAUCGGGCUGCUCGAGCGGCUGCCGGGCAAGCUCAACGAGCGCGCGCCCGCGUUCAAGGGGAGGGAUGAUCUGGAAACCCUCCUUGCGAGUCCAGAUAGUCGCGAUUGGGUCAAGAUCUCCGAGAUGUUCCUCGGGCCUGCGCCGGACGCGUGGUCCUUCAUGCCAAAGCAUAAGAGCAAUGCGUAUGAGAGUCAGGGUUGAGCGUUGGUGACCUUACCGCGAUCGCGCGUAACGGCAGUCUUAUGUCAAUACAUCUGUCCCUGCUCUAGUGUAUCUUCGCGAGAUCUAAAUGUAUUUUUGAGCAUAGAAAUCUGAAUGUGUUCGAGAACGAGUGC